CCUGCGAGUUGGGCUCAGUGGUUUGACAGUCGUUAUAAGGGAUAUACCACGGUUGGAUAAGGCUUUGAUGUAGCUGCGUUGUUUGUUAUACGCUGAGUCCCAGGUAAGGAGAGAGGAUGCCAGGUAAACAGGGGAUCUGUUGGUGUCUGGGGGGGAGCCGGCCCCCAGAGAUCAAGUGUGUGGACUAUGACUCUCCUCCCAAACCCCUCGCUUUGGAUAUACCUAUGCCGACAGAUGAAGCAGAACUUAAUGCAAAAUUCGAGGAGCUUGUGGCGGAACUGGAUCUGGACAAGGCUCAUCGAGAUGCCAUGUACAAUCUCCCACCAGAGAAGAAAUGGCAGAUUUACUGCAGCAGGAAAAAGGACGAAGAUACGUCAUCACAAACCUGGCCAGAUUACUACAUCGAGCGAAUCAGCACAAUGUCGCCACUGUACCUGGGAUUCAGUGAAGAAGAGGUCAACAUGAAGAUCAAACUCGUCGACAACCUCAAGACAGCGCUGAGGACACAGCCGAUGAGGUUCGUGGUGCGGUUUAUUGAGAAGAACGGUCUGCAGAGCCUGCUGAACUACCUGUGUAAGAUGGACUACCAGAGCUCGGAGAGUCAUAUCCACACCUCCAUCAUCGGCUGCAUCAAAGCUCUUAUGAACAACUCGCAAGGGAGGUCCCAUGUGUUAGCUCACCCGAAUGGGAUCAACAUUAUUGCUCAAAGUUUAAGUGUGGAGAACAUCAAGACCAAGACAGCUGUGUUGGAGAUUCUCGGUGCUGUGUGUCUGGUUCCAGGCGGACAUCGCAAAGUCCUCAAUGCCAUGCUGCACUUCCAGAAACAUGCAGGGGAGAGAACUAGGUUUCAGACCUUGAUCUGUGACCUUGACCGAAGUACAGGCAAACACAGAGAUGAGGUUUGCCUGAAGACUGCUAUUAUGUCUUUCAUCAAUGCAGCAAUCAACUAUGGCCCAGGACAGGACCGACUUGAAUUUCGACUGCAUCUCCGCUAUGAGCUGCUCAUGCUGGGAAUACAGCCAGUCAUUGACAAGCUUCGAUCUCUAGAUAACAGCACAUUAGAUAGACAUUUAGACUUUUUUGAGAUGGUCCGCACAGAGGAUGAAAAGGAAUUAACGAAAAGAUUUGAAGGGGUUCAUGUUGAUACAAAAAGUGCCUCAACAAUGUUCGAGGUGUUGAGGAAGAAGCUGACGAUGUCCGUGGCGUACUCCAACCUCCAGUCUAUCCUACACCACCUUCUGCUUCUGCCAUAUGGGAAGCACGAUGUGACGUCUGUGUGGGUGCUCAUCGACAAGAUCGUGCAGCAGGUGGUUCUCCAGAAGAACAACCAGGACCCAGAUGCAGCUCCUCUUGAGAUCAAUGUCAAGCAAGUUGUCAUGCAACUGGCCAGUGAGAAUGAUGUGAAGACUUUCCAGCAGAAGCUCCGUGAGAUGGAGAAGUCAACCGAUGAGCUCAACGCCAAACUUGCCAAGAAGGAGAGAGAAUGUGAAGUCCGGCUGCAGGAGAAGGAGGAGCUGAUCACCACCAUGAACAAAAUGAAGACCAAGCUGGAGAAGGAGGUGGCCAACCACGCCGAGACCAGGCAGCAGCUGGACGAUCUGCUGUCUUCCUUGGAGGAGGCCAAAACACAGCUGGAGACAGAGCGUGGGGAGAAGCAGAAACUACAACAUCUAGUGAAGACGGGCAGCCUCCCUGAUGAUGCCAAAGUGGGCCUGUCAUCUGCCACCACUACAUAUAUAGCACCCUUAGGAAAGAUGAAAUCAGCUCCAGCACCACCCCCUCCCCCACCUCCACCCCCUCCAGGGUCAGCUCCUCCUCCACCCCCACCAGCUCCAGGACAACCAGGUUUAGCUAACCAUUUUUCACCUGGCUUGGCAAAGAGGAAGAAUGCGCCCAAACCUGGAAACCCCCUCAAAUCUUUCAACUGGACAAAACUACCAGAUAAUAAGAUUGCAGGAACAGUGUGGAAGGAUCUCGAUGAUACUAAGCUAUACAGCAUGCUAGAUCUCACAGACUUCGAGAAGACCUUCUCCGCCUACCAGCAUCACCGCGGUGAUGGGGAGGAGGACACGAAGAACGUGAAACCCAAGGUCAAAGAGCUGACGGUGAUUGAUGGGAGGCGGGCCCAGAACUGUACUAUCCUCCUGUCAAAGAUCAAACUCAGCAACGAGGAGCUACGUCGGGCCAUCAUGAAUGUCGACUCCAGUGAAGAUCUCCCUAAAGACAUGGUGGAACAGCUUCUCAAGUUUAUACCAACUACCGAGGAGUCCCAGCUUCUGAGUGAACUGAGUCAUGACCUGGAGCACAUGGCCCGCGCUGACCGCUUCCUGUAUGAGAUGAGCAGAAUUGUGCAUUAUGAACAAAGAUUGAAAGCCCUCUACUAAAAGAAAUUCCAAGACAGACGAGGAGAUUGUAAAAAUAAAGUAGAAGCUGUGUUUGAAGCUUCUAAGCAAGUGCUACGUAGCCGGAAGCUAAAGAAGCUCUUAGAGCUGGUGCUGGCGUUCGGCAACUACAUGAAUCGGGGACAGAGGGGGAACGCAUCUGGCUUCAGGAUGACCAGUCUCAAUAAGAUCAUCGACACCAAGUCCUCCAUCAAUAAGAAUGUAACACUCCUUCACUAUCUGGUCGAGGUUCUUGAGAAGAAGUUCCCCGAUGUUUUGAAGAUCGAGGGAGAUUUGUCAAAUGUCCGAGAUGCCGCAAAGGUCAAUUUUUCAGAUCUGGACAAGGAAAUAGCAGCACUCAAAUCUGGACUUGCAAAUAUUGAGAAGGAGAUGGAGUUUUUCCGGAACCAGUCUUACAAUAGUCAGGACAGGUUUGUGUCUGUGAUGGGAGACUUCUGUACCAUCGCAGCCUACAACUUCUCUGAGGUGGAGGACUCUUACACUGACAUGAAGACAAAGUAUGAGAUGACUCUGAAGACUUACGCUGAGGAGAACAAGGUACAACCAGACGAAUUCUUCGGGACAUUUGAUCUGUUCAUGACCACCUUUACCGAUGCCCGUCUGGAGAAUGAGAAGAUGAGGAAACAGAAGGAGGAGGAGGAGAAGAGGGCCAAAAUUGAGGAUCAGCCUUUAGUGAAGAAGGAUCUCUGA